CUGGGAGAGCAUGGUCGCAGGAACGCUGCAGACUUGCCUCGGUGUCUCCUCAUUGAUAACAGCUUCUCGGGAGCUCUCGGUGAUGUUGCGGAGCCUCUCGUCAGGGGACAUCUGACCCGGAGAUUGUGUGCGUGUACGCGGGGAGGUUUGAUCCACUGUGCGCGGUGCUGGUCGUUCGGCAGGACAGACAGAGGCACCGGGACAGCUGCGGGAUCAGCCGGAGCUCGAGCUGCUGGUUCGAGGCUUCUUCUUUCGGGGAUUCUCACAGAACAGGAGCAGAGAUCGUGAUCUGGAAGCGCGACGGCACAACGACUGCUUUUCUGCUCUCUUGUGGAACAUUUAUUCUGUGGCUUUUAUAUUUUUUCCACUGCGUAGCCUACCUCCUGUCUUGGAAAUUGAUAGCGACUUGGUGAAACAGUUUUCGCGGAGUUGAGUUUACGCAGAUCUAUACUGUGGAUUUCCAGCGUUUAUCCAGAACUGUUUCUCAUUCAAGCGACUAAAGAGUGAUCAUAUGGUGCAAAGUCAAUGAUCUGACUGUCAAAACGCAAGCUGUUUUUAAAAUAACCGAAAGAUACAUACAAUUAUUACUAAAACCAACAAAGAAGCAACAUUUGUGCGGGAAUAAGAACGUGGACUCUCAUCACAACAUUUCACCCCCACAUCCAUCCCAGUCUUUAACCCUGAAUCACUUUGGCUUCGCCGGAGUUCCAGAGCAGAUAUGCCGCAGGUGGAAAUGAUCCUCUUCCUCCUCACCAUCAUAGUGAUGUGUGUGGACGGCCAGGACCCGGCGUCCAAGGUGAUGUCCGACCGAUACGCCGUCUUCUGGAACCGAACCAACCCCAGGUUUUACCGGGGUGAUUACCACAUUGACGUCUGCAUCAACGACUACCUGGACGUCUACUGUCCGCACUACAUCGUCCCAGUGUCUGACGAUCGAGCCGAGCGCUACGUCCUCUACAUGGUGAACUAUGACGGCUACAGCUCCUGCGACCACACCGCCAAGGGCUUCAAACGCUGGGAGUGCAACCGGCCUCUGUCGCCCAACGGGCCGCUGAAGUUCUCAGAGAAGUUCCAGCUCUUCACCCCCUUCUCUUUGGGCUUUGAAUUUCGCCCCGGCAGAGAGUACUACUAUAUCUCCUCCAUCACUGACGAGAAAGGAAGACGGAGCUGCCUUCGCCUCAAAGUCUUCGUCCGGCCUCAGAACAAUUGUGUGAAAGAACCCGGGACCGUUCAGGAAGGGGUCGACUUUGACGACAACAGUCACAACUCCCUAGAACCCAGAGACGGCAUCGGCCACGAGUCUCCAGAGGCGGCUCGACGGGAUGUGAACUCUGCGGGCCGACGCCAGACUUCAGUCCUCCUGCUCAGCGCCGCCCUCAUUCUGCUGGCGGCCAUCUUGUCUUUAUAGCGCCCAGGCUGAGGAAUCCGCCAGGAAUGGACUGUCCUGAUUGGACCACAGGCCGCCCUUACCCUGCAACCCCUCCCCUCAAAGGAGCACUUUUUUAAACAAAAAAGAAAACUGACAAUCUCUCUAUGUGAAAAGAGAGAGGAAGGGACUUCCAUGUUGAAGCCUUCGAUGUUUUUUGACUUGCCAACCAGAGUGAUUCAUGACUUUCUGCUGCGUGCUGAUGGUCAAGGCACCCUGAGGUGAAAGAUGCGUACCCUUUCGCCUUGCUACUACUCACAGUAUACAGAUAUUAAAGACAAGCACACAUAUGAUCUCAAACCCACACACACACACACACACACACACACACACACACACACACACACACACACACACACACACACUACACAAUCAGUACACAGCUUGAAUGGCAAUGAAGCACAGUGGGAUCCUUAAAAAGUUUACAGACCUUUUUUUGUGUUCAGGAAAACAUCACAUAACCCCCCGACAUGUAUCAUGAUUAUAUCUCACGUCAAAAUGGAAGAUGUUUUCGAGGAAGACCUGGAAGUAACGCAUCACCACCAUGCUAACGGAAAAAAAAGAGAACGAUGUUGUUGCUAGGAGACGGUCACCAAGGGCGCAGGGCGGGACUUUGAUGACUCAACCCUCCCUAUUUAAAAGCUGACCCUUGUUGAGAAUUAGAACAUUUAAAGCAGCACUCAUCUUUUAGUGUUGGGAUAGGGCCGAUUUAAUGACCGAUUAAUGUGUUUUGAUUUUAAUAUGUCACCUAAUUCAAUUGUAGCAGCCAACAUGGGUGUACAGUAAAAUAUUUGAACGGAGCGAAGAAGUGGUUAUGGUUUUUUUGCCAGGCAAAAUGUAUUUUCCUAUUUAUUGUGAAGUCCUCGUGUUUCUUUCUUCUGCUCUGGUUUUAGUCUGUAAGUACAGUAGAAAGGCAAUACAGUUACCCAUUAAGUUAGUUCAUAUUACACAGCUUUUUUGAUACAAUCACUUCAGUUUAUGUAUCUGUUGGAAUUGAUCGCUAAUUUUUUAACAAAGUCCAGGAAGGAAAAAAAAAGUCUGAUGUGCUAUCAGGGUGUCGAAAAAAAAAGAAAAAAAAAUCGUUGAAUAUUUGUGUUUCGAUUGUCAUUAAAAAUGUCACCAACGUAGUUUUACUAUUACACUAUUGCUUUUGUGAAUCACUGUCAUAACACGACUAUUGUAUAUAGAGACAAGUUUCCUACCAAGUUCAGGGAUGUGUCCAUGACUAAUAUGAGGUUAAAAUAAAAAUACACGUUUUUUCUAAUCAGGAGGGUUACUCUCCCUCGACUCAAGCAGCACAAGUUUUCUAAGGCGAAAGAUGUUAGAGUGAGCGAGUUACAGAGCAGGUGGUGGUAGUAGUGGGGGGGGCAGUGAUUCACUUGCCCUCUUUGAUGUUACGUGAAGUGCAGCUGAAAGAAAACACACCAGGGGAACCAUCGUAAAAUACUUUUUUUAGAAUGAAGAAAAGGAAAACCACUGGCAGAGAUGGAAUACACACAGCAUGUGUCCCGAUAUUCAGCGCAAGUGGAUCCGAGGGGAAAAGAGCAACAUGUGAAGAGUUGAAGUGCUAAUGCUGAGAUCAAUAGUCUUGAUUUUCAAUCAGGAACAUGCGGUUAACUUAUAUUUCACAGAAAUCUGGUACUGAUUAUGGCUGGUAAAGAAACGGUCGCGAAUUGCUUUUAGCCCCGUCAAUUUAAGGACUAAAUUGUAAAAAUUAAAUCUGAAUUUAAAGGGAAUUUUCAAUGUCUCACACAGUGAUGAUCACCUUUAAUUAUUACGUGUCACUCUGCUCCUUAAUUUAAAGCAACCCGUUCGUGAUCCUUUUUCAAUCAUCCCGACAAGUACGCUGCGCAAUCUUACAAACCCCCACAUCUGCAUUUCUCCAUAUGCCUGCUCACCAAAGCUUUGCUCUGCACACCAGGGUCCGUGAGCCAUGCGUGACCCCGCCUUUAUCCUUUCAGCGAUGGGCCUUUUACUCCGGACCGGCUCGCGCCUCUGAAGCGUCAAAUUCACUUGUGAAUGUAUAUAAAUGCCCGUAAUCUUAUGGACAGAUGACCUAACGCAUUUCAUUUGUUACGGUACUUUGUCUGAACGCGUAUACAUAAGCUACUUUUUCGUUUUUGUAAUUGGAGAGACCGAUGGAAGUGAUCGCACAUGAUCACGUAUACUGUGUUAGCUGAACUCACAAUAUAAUUGUUUUCAAUUACACGCAUUUCUGUUGAAGUUGUGACAUUUGAUCACAGCUCGUAAUCCUAUACCUUAUCCAGCAGUCAUUACAAACCUGGUAGUAUUUUAUUAUCACGUUGUUGGAUUAAUGAAAGUGAGCUUUUAAAUUGAUCAAAGAGAACGUUCCCCUCGCCCAAUCUGUCGCCUGAGGCCAUCAGAUCCAAUAUCUGCAAUCUCUGAUAAUGACAAUAUGAGGAUAUGGAAAGCUUGCCCAACCAGCUUUUCUCCUCUUCACAUUUAAUUAUAAUAACUGCCAGGUGAAACCUACCCUGCUCCCAUGUCGUUUUUUUUAAAUACCUGCCGUUCUUGCUCAUUAAUACGGUGCAAUUGAGUAUUAGGUUGUGACAUAAUGAGAAUAAAUGGAUAAUUUCACCAAAGUCAUAUCAUAAAAAAAGAAAUAUACUAGAAAAAGUAUUGAUACAAAAAUAAAUAGUUAUCAUUUUGAGACCAAUUAUAAUAAUGUUAUUUAUAUAGAGGCAGAGAUAUGACUUUCUAUAAAAAAAGCUCAGAUACUUUCAUUGCCUAUCUAUUCUGUUUCAUAUAUGAAAACAUAAAGAACAUAGAGUGGUGCAGUGAUGACGGGUUUUUAUAGGCCGACCUGGAAGUUGACCUGGGCUCUAAAAAAAAGCUUAUUUUCUGCAAUAUAUCGAAAUCCCAUUGGAUUUUGAUAUAUUGCAGAGAAUAAGCUUUGUGGCAUACACAUGUUUGUAAGCUUGUGUUAACCACAGACCUUAUUUCAGGCUCCACAACUGCAUUUAAAAAACCACUGGACUCAUUACUGCACCACUCUAUAGACUUAUCCCAAAUUAAAUGUCAUAAAUUCUGAGCUUGAAGUAGCGGGUUGGACUGAAAACAGUUCUUUCAGUUUGAAGACAUUUUGGCUCAUAAGUUUACGGUUUGGAGGAAUUAGUAGUUUAAGAAAUAAAUGAAGUAUUUUGAGGGUAGGAAUUACUCAGGUUUGGGAGCAAAUCUGGGUGCACAUUACCACAUUAUUAGAAAUCUCCUCACACCUACCAGUCUCCAUGUUUUAAGUCCAACAUUCAAAGUCCACUGUAACUGUAAUCAUUGCCUCGGGCCACGAUGAGAAAAACCAAUCAGUUAGUUUUGUGGAUACUGUGUAUCCAACAAUUAGUCUGUUGUAACAUACAAUGUUAGAUACUUUCUCUUUUUCACACCUCUUUUGAAGGGCACAUUAAUGUUCUUAGCAAAACAAAAAAAAAUCAAUGUUUGAUAUAAGGAAAUGCUUCGUUUCAUUUUAUAUGUCUUUUUUAUGAAACAAAAAAAAACAGGAUUAACAUUGCACCCCCUCCCCCUCUGUAAAUGCGUUAGGGCGAACACGGCACAUAUCAUGCAGUUUGGUUGCGUUAUGAUCAUGGUUUAAAGGGUCUGAAGAAGGAACAGAUGGAUAUCCAAGAACAAAGAUAUCUCUUUUCCCUCCAAAACACACUUGUUCAAUGUAUUGUUGCAUCAAAAGUGUCUUUAAAGUGCAAGAUUUCCUUUGUCUUCUUGUGGUCUUUUGCUAACUUUCGCCUCCAGCUGUGUCCGAGCUAAGCAGCAGUUUAAAUCGCCUUGUCGCAGGACUUUGGAUUAAAAACCGAAAGUGUGCAUUUGUUAUGCAUUUAGCAUUGGAAAGUGUAUUUGACGUUAGCCAAGGAAGCACACAUUGUUUAAUAAUUUGACAAAAUGUAAUAAAUGUUCACAUCAUUUUGUAACUUCCCCGCAUUUUGUAAUAAGUGAUUACAUAUUGCAAGGGUUAUUUCAAGAGAUUUUUUAGAAGACCUUGCUUUUAACUUCUGCACUGCAUUGUGGGGGGUUUGCCCAUUAUUCCAAAACCCCAAUAGUCAGAUAAAUGUCCCAUUGGACCAAAAGCCCAUUUGUCCGAAGCCAGACAUCCCCAUUUGAACAGCCAUUGCUCUGAAAGUACACAUUGCAAACCAGUGUGAUAUGUAAUAUUGUUUUUACAAAGCGGGGAAUAAAGAUGUGAUCAUUUUUUUACAUUUUGUCAUUUUAUUACAUUUGUUUUUAUCAGCCACAACUGUGUUUCUUUUUCCAAACCUGUCAUGGUUGUGCCACAAAAAUGCAUAUUUCUUUGACAUUGUAGUAAGUGUAACUUGUGCCUAUAUGACCCCCCCCCCCCACCCUCUCCUGUACUCUUGCAAACUAUUCUAAUGUCUUUUUUCCUGCUCAAUCCCUCACUAGAAUUUUCUACAAAAAUGCCAUUUCUUUGUAAAUACACGUGUUGGAGCAGCUAUGACUAACUAAAACAAACAACUAAAAAAAGGAUUUAAUAAAUAUUUCUUUGUCGUUGUAA